AUGAUCAAAGAAGAAGACGUGCGUGAAUCUGUUGAUGAGAUUGACUAUUCUUUGAAUGAACAUUUCAUUGUGAAGAAUGAUGAAAAGAAUCAAAAAAUCUACGUCCCAAAGCCAAUUAUCGAAUCGGAAUCUGUUUUUUCUAUUGAUUUUCAUCCUAAAUUGGAUUUAUUAGCUGUUGCUUUAGUGACAGGUGAAACUAAAAUAUAUAAAUACUCUAUUGAAAUUGAAAAUACUUGUGUAGCCACAUUUAAUCAUCACAAUGAAGCUUGUCGUAAAAUCUUCUUCUCCGAUGAUGGUAAAACAAUGCUUUCAUGUGGUUCCGAUCGUCGUUUCAAUGUUGUGGAUGUUAAAAAGGCAUCAGUUAAAUUUUCAAUUAAGGAUGCUCACAAAUCACCAAUUAAUUCACUCAUCGUUAUUGAUGAUGAUAGAGUUGCAACAGGAGAUGAUGAAGGAGUUGUUAGAAUUUGGGACGUUCGUCAAAAGAAAGCCAUUCAAUCAUAUAAGGAACAUGGAGAUUAUAUUAGUUGCUUUGCUUUUGCUCCAGAAUCUGGAAUGUUAUAUUCUGCUGGAGCUGAUGGAUGUAUUAGUGUUGUGGAUAUGAAAAAAUCAAAGCCAACUGGUGUUGGUGUGACUGAAGGAGUGAAUGAUGACCUUGUUGGAAUUGCUACCAUGUCAAAUGGUGAUUUUAUUUAUGCUGCUGGAUCAUCAGGAACUAUUUAUGAAUUCCAAUCACACAAAUUAUAUCAACCAAAUAGAUGUAUUUCGACAUUGACCAGUAAUAUUUCAGUAAUGAAACUAGUUAAGGAAGGUUAUUUGACCUAUGCAUCAGAUGAUGGUGUCAUAUUUGGACUUAACACUAAGAAUACUAAACGUCAACAUAGAUUAACAGAUCAAACUAAUGAACCAAUUUUCGAUUUGAGUAUUUCAAGAGAUGCCAAAUAUUUAGCAAGUUGCUCUUUGGAAAAUAUCAGAUUUUACAAUGCCAUUGGUUUGUUUGAUUUGAAUUUGGUUGAUGUGGUCGAUGUUAAGGAAAAGGAAAAAGAUGUCAAGAAAUUAAAGAAACAAGAAAAGAAAAUUGAAGAAAAGCUUUUAAAUCCUGAAGCCAAGACUGUUUUGGAAGAAGCAGAAUCUAAUAAGAAGAAGAGAAAGAAGGCAGGUGGUGUUCAAAGCUCAACCAAAAAGACCAAAGUUAUGAAUCAAGCUCGUAAACAAUUCUUGCAUGAUUUAUUAGUGGAUUAUUAA